AUGGGCGAGAUGAAAACCCCGGUGUAUUCUCAUCUGGUCCUCCUUCCGCUGCUCGUUAUUGCCGUCAUUGUGGUUUUUUCUGUGAGUACACCGUACGGCAAUGAGGUAUCAGAGCACGGGUUCCGUGCAGGCUUCUUUGACCUGCGGCUGAAGGAUUCCGAGCGGUUGUUGAGUGCUAUUGGCAAUGGGGGACAAAAACAAGAAGCGCUGGCAGUGGAGUUUUUUGCCGGGGGAGGUGCAUUGGCGCUGCGGAACGCAUACGACUCGUACCUAACGUGCAGGGGCGGGCGGGCUUACUUCACUGUCCGUACCGAUGCCACCGCAAAGGAACUGUGGGGGCCUCGGAUCCUUCCUGACGGGACGAUGGCUCUGUUAUCGUUGGCCUCGGAUCGGUAUCUGCGUGUGAGGAGACGCGCUCUGCGGUGCGAUACCAUCAGCGAUAAGCAGGCUGCCAAGUGGGAGCCUCACAUGGCGACGCGGAGGGAGUGCUGGUCUGUGGGCACGCUGGACGAACCGAGUGAAAAUAUUUCGGUCUGCUGGUCCGAGGUCAAGAAGGAGGCAGCCAAAAAGAAGAUCAUUCUGUUCGGCACACUAAAGCCUCUGAGGAGCCGUGAGCCCGAUGAUCCGUCAGACAUGUACGACGCCUUCAUUAUCGCAAAGAGGACACUCACGAACUGGGCGAGGCUCCCCGGCGUCCAACCUGUCGUGUUCACUGAUGAUGCCCUGAACCAGAAGCUUGUCGAGCAGAUAAACGCCGCACAUAUGGGACGACCUGGCAUUUCUCAAAUCGACGUCAUCACUGAGUUUGAGGUGCAUCCAACGUACAAGCAACCUACCUACCGUGGUCUGUUUCAGAAAGCGAUCAGCAGCUAUCCCAACGCCGAGGCCAUAAUGUACGCCAACAUGGACAUUCUCUUCACGUCCUCUCUCAUAAACACUGUCAAUGAGGUUCGGCGCGCCUACGAGAGGCGAGAGCAUGCGGGGGCAUCUAUGAAGGGUUGGUUCAUCAUCGGACAGCGAACAAACGUAACCCUCACUGCGAAUUGGUCGAUGGACGACGAGCAGUGGGAGUCCCGACUAGAGACGGAGUUGCAUGGGGCUGGAAGGCUCUACAGUGUGUUGGCCCAGGACUACUUCAUCAUGAACCCGACGCUCUUCAACUGGAGUGAUAUCCCUCCAUUCAUUGUGGGUGGUGUUGUGUUCGACAACUGGCUGACGUCCAAGGCGGUCAUCAUGGGACAGAAAGGUAGCGCACUGACAGUGGACGCUACCCGGACAUUGAUAGCAGUCCAUGAGAACCACGCUGAAGAUCUGUUUGCUAGUCGCAGAAAGCCGAAGUCUCGAUACAACGUGCGUCUUAUGAGAGCCAAUGGUGGCCGUCCAUAUCGACUGACAUCAGACUCUCCGUGUUUUACCUUACGCUUAUCGGACAGGGCCGUUCAUUGUCAUAAGCGUUAG